AUGUCAGUACCCACUCACGGAAAUUACUAUGGCUACUACCUGAAACGGCCGUCUGUUACUGAUCCUCGACUGGCACUGCUGCCAGAAAACACGUUCAGUGGUAAACGAGUUCUGGAUAUAGGGUGUAACGCAGGAUGGGUCACUUGUGAGAUAGCCCAAUCUAGGGGCGCACAUAAAGUAGUGGGAGUCGACAUUGACAAUACCCUCAUUCGUGCUGCGUGGAAAAGACGACAAGUGGUUUGGUCUCUACAAAAACCUCAAUCAUCACAAUCAAAUAAAGGCAAUGACUUGAUGGAUUUUGAGGACCUAACGCGAAACGCCUCGAUGGAAGUUACUUAUCUUCAGGCCGAUUACUUCCCUGCUUCCUUGCAGCAUUCCUUCGGUCCCCUGCCUAUUCCACCUUCAAAGAUCCGUGGAAAACAUGCGUUUCCCCAUAAUGUCUCUUUUAGAACAGCGGAUUGGGUUACGGAAGAGAUCGUGGAGGAUGCAAAUGGAUAUGAUGUGGUCAUUGCGUUUUCGAUAUCAAAGUGGAUUCAUAUCAAUGGUGGAGAUGAAGGGUUGCGCGCUUUCUUUCGUCGUGUGUAUUCAGUCCUAGAGCCAGGAGGUGUGUUCAUUCUGGAGCCUCAAGAAUGGGACACGUACAAAAAAGCCAAAAGAUUGAACGAUUCGCUCCGAAACUCUGCCCAAACGCUUGAACUGCGUCCUAGUGACUUUGACUCCAUUCUCGGAGAUAUAGGAUUCAGUCCCGCCUGCCAUCUUGGUACCACCGGAGAUGGAGGGUUCCGUCGAACUGUUGCUCUAUAUGUUAAACAGCAUGUGACUUGA